AUGAUCGCACUAGCUAGAAACAGAUACCCAUUAGUGUUUGUGAUAUUACUAAGUCUCGUGUCGGCCAACAGUGAGUAUGGGUCGUAUAGAAACCCAAAUCCCUUGCCUCAAGAUGUUUGCGAGUCGAAGGAUCUUAUCAAAUUAAACUCAUGCUCGAAUGAAAUGUUAGGUCGUCUCCAACAAUGCAAAGCAAACGACAGGGCAUGUGAAUGUUGUGCGUUGCAGAGCUUAAAACCAACCUGCUUCGAACUUUGCCCCGGCAGUCCUGCUAGCAACCUUCUUUCAGUCAUCAUUGACGAUUGUGCCGAAUUGGGUGAGGUCAAUGCCUGUGAUUUGCCUUUCAUGAGAAGUGAAUCCAGCUACUUGAAUACAGAGGAACCCAGUGAUGACUUAUAUUAUUCGAAGUAUACUCGAGAAUUAAUGGCUGCAAAUGAGAAAGAUGUGACCGAGUCCACGAGUAACGCGACUAUCAAUGAUAUUGGCAACUUCACGGAUAUCGGCCACGCGGAUGUGGAAGAAAUCCCACUAUUACUUAACGUGUCGAAUCUGUCCAGUCAUACUGGUAAGUUUUAUUUUUUAAUUUUUCAUUUUUUCAAAAUUUUACUAAUUCGCAGUUUUUACAAGUGA